AGGUGAUCUCUGAGGCAGCACAGAUAGAGUCACAAAAUGAUGGCUCAAGGCAAGACAUGUAAAAGGGCAAUAUUUAUGUAAAUAUAUAUUCCAGUUUGACUGUAUAUCCCACUCCCAGCUGCUGCCUGCACGUCUCUCUGUGUGUGUCUCUAGCUGCUAGGCCUUCCUUCCUGCCUAGUUCACAGCAGAAGGGCUCCUCCCACUCCCUGCACAGAAACUCCCAGCCACCUCAGGAACAAGACAGAGCAGAGAGUCGCUGCUCCAGCACAGAAGCUGAUGUUGACCCAGACCAGAGUUGCCCUACGUGUACUAAAGAACGCCCACCUGACCCUUCCCAAAAGGAAUAUCUCUCAGUCCCCAGCUCUCAGCAUGAGAUUAGUCCAGUUUCAGAGCUCCGGUUCCCUAAGUCCCAGGAUUGGGCUGGAGCUGCAAGAUGGAGGAAACAUCAUUGAUCUCAACGCCUACGAUCCAUCACUGCCCUGUAGGAUGAGAGAGUUCCUUGAGAUGGGAGAAUCAGCCUUACAGACAGCUAAGAGUGCCCUGGACUCCAAUCAGCACAUCCUCAGCCACUCCAACAUUUCUCUUCUGGCUCCCAUCACCAACCCUGAGAAAAUUAUUUGUAUCGGAAUGAACUACGUGGAUCAUUGCCUGGAGCAGAACGUACCUGUCCCCAAAGAACCCAUCGUCUUCAACAAGUUUGCCAGCAGCAUUGUGGGUCCAAGUGACCCCAUCAGAAUUCCAGAAGAAAGUCAGGAGGUGGACUGGGAGGCUGAACUCGCCUUUGUCAUCGGAAAAAAGGGCAAAAACAUCAAGGAGGAGGAUGCAAUGGAUCACGUGGUUGGAUAUACCGUUGCUCACGACGUCAGUGCCCGGGACUGGCAGAUGAAAAAGAAUGGGAAGCAGUGGUUGUUGGGUAAAACUUUUGACACGUUUUGUCCUUUGGGUCCAGCACUGGUUACUAAGGACGUCAUAUCAGACCCCCACAACCUUGGAAUCCGCUGCCGUGUUAAUGGGGAUCUUGUCCAAAACAGUAACACAAACCAGAUGGUCUUCAAGACAGAAGCUCUCAUCGCAUGGGCGUCUAAGUUCGUGACAUUAAAUCCAGGAGACGUUUUCCUUACUGGUACCCCUCCUGGUGUUGGGGUGUUUAGGAAGCCGCCAGUCUUUCUCAAGGCAGGAGAUGUGGUGCGCUGUGAGAUAGAUGAGCUGGGAGCUAUCAGUAACCCGGUGGUGUGAAUACUCACAGAUUCAAUCUCAAGAGAAGUGCAAUGGGUUUAAUGUAGAUGCUGACCAGCAGAUGGAGCAUUCUCAACAGAUUCAAACUCACCGAACAAUUAAAGAAGCACAAACAAUAAAUCUCCCUGUUGAUUUGCUUGGCUGCUAAAGGUGUUGCCUCACAAGCUGUGAAACGGUACUAAUAAUUGUGAACUAAUUAAUGAAAAGUAUGGAUUUUUCUCCAUGACAAUGAGCCAGCAGGAUUAGGAGUGUACUGAACGCUCAUUCUAUCAGAAAUGCUAAAUAAACUCCCAGAACUAAA